AACAAUAUGACGGCGGCCCGUUUCCAAGACCAGGAUGAUGUGACGGACACGCUACACGUGAUGAACACACAGAUGUUGCCAUGCCUACAGCCAAUGACACACUCCUCCUCACAGGAAGACAUGAGUGCCAUGGAGGUGGUGCGGGAAAAGUGGUGUGCCUUCCUAGGGCAGGAGAUUAACGCUCGCAAAAUUGAGAAGCUCCAAGAUUUCAUGUCAAAGUUGUUUGAUCCGCCGAGCAAACACGUCCCCCUGCUCUACAGACUGUUCAGAUGCAGGAUUUACGGGACUUAUACUGACAGUAUGUAAAUGUGAUAGACAGCGCUGUCAACAGUGGAUCAGUGGAAAAGGCACUUAAAUGUCAGUGACGGUCAACAUCGGUCAGUACAGAGGAUCAACGGUCAAUGUUUGGUCGGCACAGAGGAUCAGCGGUCAAUGUUUGGUCGGCACAGAGGAUCAACGGUCAAUGUUUGGUCGGCACAGAGGAUCAACGGUCAAUGUUUAGUCAGUACAGAGGAUCAAGGGUCAACAUUGUCAGUACAGAGGAUCAACGGUCAACAUUGGUCAGUACGGAGGAUCAACGGUCAAUGUUUGGUCAUCACAGAGGAUCAACGGUCCAUCUUUGGUCGGCAGAGGAUCAACGGUCAGCAUAGGUUAGUACGGAGGAUCAACGGUCAAUGUUUGGACAUCACAGAGGAUCAACGGUCAAUGUUUGGUCAUCACAGAGGAUCAACGGUCAGCAUUGGUCAGUACAGAGGAUCAACGUUUAGUAGUAGGAACAAUUGAAAUGUCCUUAGAAAACCAUUGCAGUGUUGUCAGA